UUAAUGCAAGUGAUGGUAAGAUGAAACUGAGAGCGAUAUUUCCAUCAAACAUGUCAUCUGAGAUCUUUGUAGGCAGUGUUCAGAACAAGGGUCUCGUUAAAAUUCUUAAUUAUACCCUCAAUAAUAUCCCCAACAAAUCAGAGAAGUACCUAAUUGUGACAAAAUGUGAGGUAGUAUCUUCUGCACUUGAGACAGAGAUCAAAACCGAGGAACCUGAUAUUGUUUUAAAGAAGCCGAAACUUGAACGUGAGAGUCAAAAUGAGGCUAAACCCGAUUUGGCUGGUAUUAUUUUUGAAGCCAAAGCAAGAAGUGGCUUUAAAGUCUGCAGCACAAAUAGUACAUGAGCAGCGAGAAAAUAUGGCUCCAGUUGCCCGGAUGUCAACGACUACAAGAGUGCAUCCUCCUGUUUCAUUGAAUCCUUACCAAGGGAAUUGGACAAUUAAAGUUCGUCUCACAAGCAAGGGAAACAUGCGUACCUAUAAGAAUGCUAGAGGAGAAGGUUGUGUUUUCAAUGUGGAGUUAACAGAUGAAGAUGGUACACAAAUUCAAGCCACAAUGUUUAAUGAAGCUGCAAGGAAGUUCUAUGAGAAGUUUCAACCGGGGAAAGUCUAUUACAUAUCAAAAGGCACACUAAAAGUUGCUAACAAGCAGUUUAAGACUGCUAAAAAUGAUUAUGAAAAGACUUUGAAUGAGAAUUCUGUGGUGGAAGAGGCUUCUGAUGAAGAAACAUUUAUUCCAGAAGCUAAACUCAACUUUGUCCCUAUUGAUCAAUUAGGCCCUGAUGUUAAUGGAUGGGAGCUUGUUGAUAUUAUCGGAGUUGUUCAAAGUGUCACUCCUGUAUCAAAUAUUAAAAGGAAGAUUGAGAAUGAGAAUAUUCCAAAGAGAGAGAUAUGGUUGUUGCAGAUGAAACGUAAAUGUCCACUUCUAGACUCCUAUGUGUUUUUCCCCUUUUAA